ACAAGGAACCGGAAGUAGGUUAACCCUAGACGUUGUGCUGGACUGGAGCGCAGAGCUGAACCCAUUCAACCUAUUUCGAAGAAUACUGGCACAAUAAACGCCUCGUUAACUCUUGGUAUAUGAUACUUAACGCGUCGAUUAAAAGCCGUAGACUCUCAUGGCUGAAGUGUGUUGAUAGCCUCUGAAGGCACUUAUCCGUGUGAAGUGGCAGUCCUUUGAGAGAAUUAGCAGGUUAGCCGAGCUCCAUCAUGACAGUGGGGGUGUUUUUCGGCUGUACGUUCAUCGCUUUCGGGCCAGCAGUCGCUUUGUUCGUGUUUACGAUCGCCAGGGACCCGCUGCGGGUGAUCUUCCUCAUAGCAGGGGCUUUCUUCUGGCUGGUGUCUUUGUUGCUGUCCUCUCUUGUGUGGUUCAUCACAGUUCAGAUCAGUAACAAGAACAGUGCGGCUCAGCAGAGAGGGCUGCUCAUCUUUGGGGUUGUGCUCUCUGUGCUGCUGCAGGAGGCUUUCAGAUAUGGUUACUACAGACUGCUGAAGAAAGCAAAUGAAGGUCUGUUGGCGCUCAGUCAGGAGGACACCAUGCCCAUCUCCAUGCGGCAGCUAGCUUAUGUGUCAGGUCUGGGCUUUGGCUUCAUGAGCGGAGCCUUCUCUGUGGUCAACAUACUCUCUGAUUCCUUGGGUCCGGGUACCAUCGGCAUCCAUGGCGACUCUCAACACUACUUCAUAUCCUCAGCUUUUAUGACCCUGGCCAUUAUCUUGCUGCAUAUGUUCUGGGGGGUUGUUUUCUUCGAGUCAUGUGAGCGACAGAGAUGGUGGGCUCUUGGAGCGGUGGUCAUCAGUCAUCUAGUAGUAUCAUGUCUGACAUUUGUGAAUCCACACUAUCAAGGCAGUCUGGUCCCGACCUACAUCAUACUGUGUGUCAUGGCUGCCUGGGCUUUCUUGUGUGCUGGAGGAUCUUUGAGGAACCUCAAACUCUGCCUCACCUGUAAAGAUAAAGACUUCUUGCUGGCCAAUCACAGGCCAAGAUAACCCAUCAGAUACAAACAGGACUUCCUCCAAAGACCGGCUCAUUGAGCCAGGAGGCCGAUGACACGGCCAGCAGCCCUGGACUCUGGGAGGCCUAUGGUCUGGCUAGUCUGCAUAAGAAUGGAUGCUGUGUAACAGGAAUUUAAUGUCUGCAGAUCUUGCACUUUCUGUAAUUACCUCCUCUUUCGUUUUCUGUUCUGUACCUCAUGUUCUGUGUGAGAGAGACACUGAAACCAUGUCAAAGACAUUGGGUGUUUUAUACUAAAGAAUUGUCUAGAGCUGCUUUCAUAUGUGAUUUUCUUCUUUUUAACAGGUUUUAAAUGAGGUCUUGUAUAGGUUUGGCCUUGAAUUGUUUACUGUCCCUUUGUUGGGCUUUUCCCUCUGUAUUUUAUGUUUAGAUGGCCAGUUAGGCUCAAAUGAUCUGCCACUAUCCUGUCAUCUGUUUUAGAGCAGAUCUUUCAUUCUCUGAUCAUACCCUGGACAGUAACAUUGUGUUUUAAUUCAUGUGUCUGUAAGCUUGUCUUUUAAAAGAAGAUUCUCAACUCUCCCUAGGGUGACGGUAAAAUUUUCCCAGUGCAAUGUAUUUAAACAGCUUGGGCUUGAAUGAUAAAUGCAGUGGGCAGUCUUCAAUAAAACCACUACUCUCUGAAUCUAUGCUACAGGAAGCUCUGGAUGGUUUUCAACACAUAGGUUACCUCUGACUCAUUAGAUAUCACUUUUUUUGGACUCGUAUGCUUUUAGUUUCCUUUGACUUCUAAGGUGUGUGAAAUUUUAAUUUGUAAUAAAGUAGCUUGAGCUCGAA